AUGGCCGAAAAAGUGCCAUAUUUAUCGGGCGGUGUUGAAACAGUUGUCGAAAAGCGUCAUAUUAUAUCACAAACAAUUGAAUUAUUAAUGACAAACACGAAUACACUCACAAGACUGGAAUCUGUUGCAUUGGUGUUGUUUGCUGGAUGUGAUACAAUAAAAAUUUAUCAACAUUUUACCAAGAGUAGUGAAAGCAUAAUUCAAACAGUUCAACAUUUACCAGUGUAUGGUGGUUAUCAUUUGAAAUCAGCCAUUGAUUUUGCUAAGAAAUAUUUAACAACCGCCUAUGGCUCACAACGAUCACAGAAAAUUCUUGUUCUAACAGAUGUUGAUCAUCAAGAUACAGUAAUGACAAAUUCAACAUCUCAAAUGAGUACACAUGUAAAAGGAUCAUCAAUGCAUAAAAAUCGUACGACUAU